GCCGCAUAGUCUGAAGAGAAAAGGCGGGGACUCCAGUUUAUACUUCUGAAAUGAAUACGACUGCUUGAAUAAAUGUGUGUAUUAUAUUCAGGAUAAAUAAAGUAACUGUAUCUGGCACAGUGACGGGGUAGUCAGAUAUCUAACUAGCAACAGGCUACAAAGAUUUAUCGCUUCGACUGCAUCCAAGGAACGGCAGCAGCUGUUUCCAUGGUGAUGAAAGUUUUAGCAGUAGUGCGCUCCUCCAAGGCUAACGAUAGACGACUAAUGUGACCUAUAAUGUCAGUACCACCGGUUGUUUCUACGAGUAAUGACCUCUCAGACCACAACAACGACGCUAAACGUACUGAUUUGGAAGACGGUGAGGACGUUAUACCAACGACAGAAAUAACGGAGACGCGUGACGCCGUCUUCCCUCGCCUGAAAUUCAGUAGCCUGAGCCUGGAUGAGUUGAGCGUGGAGCUUGAUAGACGCACAAGAGAAACCCAGAGGCUUCAAGAAGAGGUGGAAAAUGCAACCAAACAAGCCUUGGGGAGGAUGGCAUGUGCAUACAGCAUCAGCAGCACAUCUCCACAGCACUGUCCCACCACCUCUGGUGGCUCACCUUCAAACACUCAAUCAGGCUUCCACCAAGCAGGGAUCCAGCCUCUCCCCUUUGAUCUGGGUGCUUUGAGUCCAGAGGUGGCCCAAAGGGGUAUCAGUUGUCCUCCAAAGAAGGGUCUGGAAAAUAUGACAGAGGACUGCUCACAGCAGGUGUCUGACGUGCAAAAGCAGCUGAAUGAGUUAUAUGAUCAACAUGAGCAACAGAAGGCCCACUUACAACAAACCAUCCUGGAGCUGCAGACCAAGAUAAAAGAAGUCCAAAUGGAGAGGGAUGCACUUUGUGAACUCAGAAUGAAGGAUUCAACGAAACAUGUUGAUCAGAUGGAACAAAUGCUGUGUAUUUUGGAAGAGCUUCAGAUCACCAAGCGGUCUGGGGACCAGAAGCUGCAGGAGACAGAGCAUGAGGCCAUAUUUCUCAGUAGGAAAGUAGAGGCAAUGGAGCGGACAAUAAAAGAAAUGUACCCCACAUUAGUCUCUCAUGAUAAACUGUGUGGACACAACUCCAUCACUAGCCUUGAUGCUGCUGCUGGACCAAGGCAGCUGCCACCGGCUGACUUUUCUGCAAGGGCAGUGGAGGAUCUCAACAAGACAACCAAGCCACAGGGGAGAUUGAUAUUGGUAGCGGAACAGUUGGGGAGUGAAGAAUGCCAAGAAAAAGCCGAAUUAAUGUUAAAGAAACAUAGAGACAGACAACAAGCAGAGAGACAGGCGUCAUUGCCCCAGCAUCAGGUCAAAAAACUUGAGUCAGCCCUAUCCAUCCAUAAAACAAAGGUUGGUUGCCUGGACCAGCAAGUUGCCGAGGCACAGUCUGAGGUUGAGGAGACUCAAAGAGGGAAAGACCAAUCUUUGCUUCAGGUGGAGGAGCUGGAGUCCCACUUUGGCCUGCUCAUGUUGAAGAUGUGUGAGGCUCGUGAUUAUCUGGCCAAAGAGAGGGAGCAGAAGCAGCAGCUUCAAGAGCGUAUCACCAGCCUGGGCAUCACUGUGGAGUCACUACGUAAAGAGCAGGAGGAACAUAACCUGGCACUCCAGCAGCUGGACACACUGGUGGGAAGAGUCAAAGAGGACUGCCAGGCUCAGUUACAGGCUAUGAGGUGUGAUGAGCGGCAGCAGUGGGAGCUCAGGGAGGAAAUAAAGGCCCUGAGGGAGCAGCUGGAGGCAGCCAGGGAGCAGCUCCACAGAGCUGGAGAGGGGGAAGCCCGCCUGCAAGAUCUGCUGGAGCAGAGGGUCCAGGAGGGCAAGAAAACCCUGGAACUGCUGGAGGAGAAGGAGGGGGAGCUACAGUUCAGGCAGCAAGAAGCCCAGCAGGCCUGUGGAAGGUUGGAGGAGGCCCUGGCCCAGUGCCAGAUGCUGCACGCAGAGGUUAAGAUGCUCAGAUUGAAGGUGGAUGACAGAGAGAAGACGGUGGAGAUCCUGAGGUUGGAGUUGGAGAGCAAUCACCAGUUGACAGUGCAGCACAGCCGCACCAUCAACAGCCUCCAACAUGAGAAGAGUCACCUGAGCAACCAGCUAAACCAGCACAAGCUGGAGAUUCAGCAGCUCAAGAGUGAGCUGGAGCGGUGCGAGUCAGGCCUGGCAGCUUUGGAGCAGGAGCGGGACCAGCUGCAGGCCUCCGUGGCCAAGCAGAGGCACUGCGUCCAGGAGGCAACCCUGGAGAAACAGCAGCUCACCACCCAGCUGGAGGAGCAGCACAUGCAGCUUCUUACCCUCACCAAGGAGCAUGAGGAGCUGCAAAGGCUCCACAGCAGUAAGAAUGAGGAGCAUGAGGGUGUGGUGCUGAAGCUGCGCAGCCAGCUGAAGAACAUUCACGCAGAGCUGGAUCUGGCCAGAGGCACCCUUCGGACCCUAGAAGGAGCCGACGGACAUGGCCUCCAAGUAGCCAUGGGCAUGCAGAAGCAGAUCACUGCCAGGAGGGAUCAGAUCGACUCCCUGCAGGGCAGAAUCCAACAGUUAGAGGAGACAAUGGAGAAGCUCUACCAGGAGAAGCACUACCAGGACCUGGAGAACAGACGUCAGGUCCAGGAGGUUGCCUCUGUCCAGGAGGAGAAGAGACAGCUCACCAUGGAAUUGGAGGCUCUUCGCUCCAAGGAGAAACAUCACAGGGACACAAUCAGCAAGCUGGAGGCUACUCUCCACAAGAUGACUGAGAGCUUUGCAGACUGUCAGGAUUUCAUCCAGCUGCAAGAGCAGGAGUUUUUCCGCCUCAAACUCCAACAUGCCCUGGACCUGAAGGAACUCCAAGGUCAGAAAUGGUGUACUGCUGUGGGUGGUACCCACUCUGCCCUGGCGCCAACCAUCCCUUCAGCCUUCUCUGCUCCACUCUCCUCCCAGCAGGCCUCCAACACUCUGACAAAGUCACAGCGGUUGCAGGAGAGUGCAACCCUUGAGCUGAGGUCUCUUGUCAAAGAGCUGCGGGGAGUGAUUUUGGAAAACCACAGACCACACAGCAGCAGCAAGACCAGCAACAGUAGCUUCCCCAGGAGGAGGUCUGCACCAGAGAGAAUGCAAAGGACCACACUCUACAACAGGACUGACACGGCAAAAGAAGUAACAGCUGGUCCCAAAUUGACAAAUGAGACCUACCGCAGUGACCUGCAGCUCCUGAGGACAGCUGAGCCUAAUCGAAACAAUUUCAGCAACACCUUCAGUGAGAGGCACGUUGUGUCUACUCCAGCAAAUCCAACAAGGCACACCUCCCCACAGCCAGUUUCACUGGACCGCAGGUCACCUGUGUACUCGCUUCUGACCUCUGACCCCAACAGCAAACAGCUCUAGCACAGGCCUGAGGCUGCCUCCUCCCUCAACUAUAUGUCUGUCUAGAGCCCCUGUGUUACAAAGGCUAAGGAGGGUAAGAUGACAAAGCUGGACAGCAGUGAAAAGUUCUAGAACAAGAACCUAAACUGAAUGAAUGUGAAUAUUUAUGAAUGGAUUAUUUAAAUAAAAG